CCGAUGCACCUCGAUAGUAUGGUCAACUGCAAGAUGGGCUCGCAGAACGAUUCGGCCGAGGUGGAGAGUCUGCUGAUGAGCUCCUGCUGGAACCAGUCGAGCAGCGUGGCGGACCAGUACCUGCUCGACGGGCACAAGCUGCUGCUCGAGGCCGAGCUCGACUCGCUGCCGAGCGACGGCGAGACGCAGAAGAGCUCGAUGGACGUGCUGGAGAACCUGCUCCUGAGCUCGUCCGCUUCCAUCAGCAGCAAUGGCGGUGGCCAUCCGAACGGUGGUGGUGGUGGCGGUGGAGGAGGCGGAGGUGGAGGCGGUGGAGGCGGAGGUCUCGGGGGAGACGUGAAGCCGCUGCCAUCGUUCACCUCCUUCAACACCGGCCACCUGUCGAUCAACGGGAUCUCGGGCUAUCACUAUACAGCGAUCGCGCAGCGGCUACCGGAGGAGAACAACAACUACACGCAGAACUCGUACACGCCGAGUGGGAACGGAGGGCACCUGGGAGGUGCCAGUGGGACGACAAAUGGGACCGGAGGAGGUGGAGCUGGCAGCAACGGCAGCUCGCAGAACAACUCCGGCGCCAACGGGGGAGCCGGAAGUGACAACAACAUCGUGUCGUCGACGUCCACCUGCCUGCCGGACUCGGUGCUGAACCCAGACGGGACCGACCCGGGCAGUGGAGGAGGACCCUGCAGCUUGCAGAACGUGAAGCUGUUCGCCGACGGGUCGAUCGACGGUGGCAAGAUCUACAGUGCGCCCGCUGACAGCUGCGUCAUGAACGGCGCGGACUCGGUGUCCGGCGCGCGGAUAUUCGUCGACACGAAGGAGCUGUCCGAGUACGACAUGAGCUCGAUCGAGGACAUCGCGGCCAUCAUCGGGUCGGCGAUCGCGGACACGACCGUGCCGAGCAGCAAGGUGGAGAAGGAGGACGGCAACGACACGCGCGACUCGUGGAUGGACCUGGACGCGUGGAUCGAGGGCACGUGCACGGGCGUGCAGGACGGCAAGCUGAUCGUGACGCAGCAGGACUCGCUGAGCGAGUACAUUCUGCCGACCUCGCCGGUGCACACGUCCUCCGGCACGACCUCGACGCUGCAGAGCCUGCUGACGCACGGCUAUAUGCCGCUGCUGCAGAACCGGCUGCAGAAUGGGCCGCCGAUCAAGCUGGAAGCGCCAAGCUCGACGUCCUACUGCGGCGAGCUCAUCUCGACCUCCACUAGUCCACCGGGGUCGGUCGUCUCGACCUCCACCGACAACCUCAUCCUCAACGGACGGUACCUGCAGAGCCACCACCAUCAGCAUCACCAUCAGGCCGGCGGCCACCACGGGCCGCACUUUGGCCUGGGAGCGCUCGGUGGGGGACUCAAACCGGACGGCCUGUGCAGUCCGGAGCUGGGCCUCAGCAACUUCCCGCACACGACCACCACCACCUCCAACUCGUCCUCGUCCGCCUCAAGCGCCAGCAACUCCCCGACGACACCAAAAAGUAAGCGACGGGCGCACAGCAAGUCGCAGCAGUCGAAGCAGCAGCAGCAGGCACCUCCAGGCGUAGGACUUUGUCCAUCGCCAGCGACAACCCUCUCCGGGCAGCAGCACCAGCAGCAGCAGCAGCAGUCGUUACAACAGCAUCACCAGCAUCAACAUCCACACCAGCAGCACCAGCAACACCAGCAGCAACAGCAGCACCAGCAGCAGCUCAACGCACAGUCGCAGCAGGCGGCGGCCCUCAGCUUCCAGGCGGCGAACGAUCUCAGCGGACUCCUCGGCAAGGAGAAACCGGUGCACCGGUGUAACAUCUGCAACCGGGGCUUCCUGAACAAGAGCAACAUCAAGGUGCACCUGCGGACGCACACCGGCGAGAAACCGUUCCGGUGCGAGGUCUGCGCGAAGGCGUUCCGCCAGAAGGCCCACCUCAUCAAGCACCAGCAGAUCCACAAGCGGAUCGGGCGCGAUUGA